AUGGCGGCUCGCAAGAAUAUCAAGCGAGAAACCAUGCUGAACUUCACCGCUACCCACAACAUUCAAGAUAAUCCCGAGGAUAGUUUCACUCUUGGGUUACGCCGGGGGUUUGAUCCCACAACUGUUGCUGCUCGAAUAUUUCACUUCGUCAAACCGCUCUCAAAUCCUUCCGGGUCAUCAAUAUCAUCGUCGUCGUCGUCAUCACCAUCAUUGUCUUCUGAUGAAAACACAAACGCAGAGGCGGUGCAAGAAACCAAAAAUGGGUCGGGACAUGCUCAUAAGAGUCCCCGAGACGGCCCUGCUUCAAGUUCAACUUCCGACAAGUCCGCUCCCCUUAGUGACCCUUCCCCAGAUUCGAAAUCCCUUUUGGGGGAUGGUCACGAGAAUGACGAGCAAGUCGGAGACCAACAGGAACAGGAUGCUGUUGCCAAGAAGUUAUGGGAGAAGCUUGCUGCUCGCCGCAAAACUAGAUCUAAGCUGAGAAAGAAAAAGGAGGUUCUUCGACAGAGCCUCAAGACCUCAGAACUCCAAGUCACACAGGCAGAUAACCUCUUCCUGAACCAGGUCCGGAGGGUACUUUUUCAAGAUUCGACAGUAUCGAAUGCGGAAGAAUCAUCCGAAACCAAGAAGGAUCUUCUUACCCUUUUUAAUAAUAUUCAGGAGGAGCGCUCAAAACACUCUAUGCUCCAGAGCGACCUCGAGGAACUGGAGGGAGAUUUAAGUCGUGAAGAAGUUGGCCUGGAGCGGGCAGAAGAGGAUUUUUUACAGCAAGUGUACAGGAGUCAGCUCGAGGCCGCAGGAGGAUUGGCGAGGCCCACCGUCGGGAAAAUUCUGCCGAAGAAGGAGACACAGCAGGAUUUGCCCUCCAGUGCCUCACUCAGGGGCAUCAGGGCCGACCUUGCUCAGGAUUACCAUCCUUUAUACUCUAGACUCCUGAAAGCCGCAGCCAGAAAGAAGGUGGAAGAAGAAGAGCUAGAGAAUCUCAUAUUGGAGCGAAACUACAUCGUCCGGCUGGUCACAGUCAAGCAUCUCGCCGCAUUGGCGCGGGAACGCCAAGAACAAGUGGACGAUGACACGGUGUUCGAGAUCCGCCCCGAAGACACUGCGGUUUUUGAAAAGCAGCUAAGGGACCCAACAAAUAUUGACAUAUUGGCCCGUAAAUACAAUGUUGAGGAAGAAGAUGUGGACUUUCUCAAGGGUUUCGAGCAACGGGAAAAGGAAUUUGACCAGAUUGUGGCAGGUAUCGUGGCCGAGAUUUGUCACUUGAAAUCGUUGUGCAUCGAGCGAGGCGCGAUGCCAAGGUACCCCGAACCGAGCUAUGAAUACGACAUAAACAUUGCUUUGGGCUUGCCCACGGAGCAGGUCGAAGAAGAAAUGGCCGAUCCCAUUUUUAAUGGCCGAGCUUUUGUUCCCAUCGUUCGACCAGGUUUUAUACCCAAGCCUCCGCCCAAGUGGCCAAAUGACCCUCUCAGCCUCAGGAACCCGAGAUUUUUUGUCCUUCUUUCGGAUCCGAAGCAUGUUUUGGAAGAGAAACCCGCUCAAAGGGCAUUGAAAGAUGCCGUACAGAUGGUGAAAAGACAGGUACCAGCAAAUGCUGUUCAAGAUGACACAGCUGUGCGAAAGAACCGCGAGGUGCAGCGAUACGUGAAGGAGAUCAACAUCGAGAAUCUAAUCCUCAACGCGGACCCUUCCAAAAAGGCCGAUUUUAUUAAUCGCUGGCUGAUGCACAAGCUGCGCACCAGCACUCUCGAGAUGCUCGUGCUCCUGAUGGUGUCCAUGACGACCCUCAGUUUGAGCAGGAUCGCAAACUGGGCAGCCUGGCAAUACGACAUCGCAAGAUUCUGGACCAGAGACGAUGCUUUCAACAUUCCCGAGGAGGUCUUCGAUGGGCCCCGCACGUCGACGCUUCGGUCGCAAGAUGAUGAGGGUGACAGUGCUCCUAGAGCUGCCGCAGACGCCAGCGCCGAUGUAUCAGCUGAGUUCAUUCGUGACAUUGCUGUUUUGAGUAGACGAAACUCUGUCAUUGAACCACCAUCGUCUAUGCAGAGCGACUUGGGCCAAAGAUGGAGACCACAUGUCGACAGCCAAACAGCCGCUCGUGUCCCGAGCCAUCGUUCUGUCUAG